GGGCGGGAAGGAGGCCAGGCUGGCGCUCGGCCACCCCCUCCCCGCCCUCUUGCUGCCUCUGCCCGAUCCGAGCCCUCUGCGCCACGCGGGUAGAGCGGCGCCGGGAAAUGGCGGCGGCUCCCCCAAGUCGUCGGGGACGGUUUUGAGAGGGUUAAGUUUCUCGCAGCUGAUCCAGUUCCGAAGCUCCCUCCACUGAACCCAGCUUUUCCACGCAUAAACUACUGCUAUUGCUACUGUAAACCAAACUUGUGGUCGUUGCCAUGAAAGUCUUCUGUGGAAGAGCAAAUCCAACGACAGGAGCCGUGGAAUGGCUAGAGGAAGAUGAGCACUAUGAUUACCAUCAAGAAAUCGCAAGAUCAUCCUAUGCAGAUAUGCUGCACGACAAAGACAGAAAUGUAAAAUAUUAUCAGGGUAUUCAUGCUGCCGUGAGUAGAGUGAAAGGAAGAGGCCAGAAGGCAACGGUUCUGGACAUUGGAACUGGUACUGGUCUCCUGUCUAUGAUGGCAGUUAAAGCGGGAGCUGAUUUUUGCUACGCUGUUGAGGUUUUCAAGCCUAUGGCUGAUGCUGCUGUGAAGAUUGUGGAGAAAAAUGGUUUAAGCGACAAAAUUAAAAUCAUUAACAAGCACUCUACUGAGGUUACUGUAGGGCAAGAUGGAGACAUGCAGUGUCGUGCAAACAUCCUGGUAACAGAGCUGUUUGAUACGGAGCUGAUUGGGGAGGGAGCGUUACCAUCCUAUGAACACGCCCACAGGCAUCUGGUAGAGGCAGAAUGUGAGGCUGUGCCUCAUAGGGCAACUGUGUAUGCUCAACUGGUGGAGUCCAGAAGGAUGUGGUCCUGGAAUAAGUUGUUUCCCAUUCACGUCCAGACAGGCGACAAUCAGAGCAUUCUUCUCUCCCCUUCGGAAAUGGAGAACUGCCCUGGUGCUCCCUCGGUCUAUGACAUUCAGCUGAACCAGGUGCCAAGGGAUGACUUCACCAUCCUCAGUGAUGUACUGACAAUGUUCAGUGUGGAUUUCAGCAAACAAGUCCAUAGCAAGCCAGCCUGCCACGUUGUUCAGUUUGAGUCAGUAGGAUCUGGCAAAGCGCAGGUGGUUCUGUCGUGGUGGGAUAUUGACAUGGACCCCGAGGGGAAGAUAAAGUGCAGCAUGGCUCCCUACUGGGUUCAUUCUGACCCUACAAAUAUCCAGUGGCGUGAUCAUUGGAUGCAAUGUGUGUACUUCUUACCACGCGAGGAUUUGAUUGCCCAAGAUGAGACACUCUACCUGGCUGCCCAGCGUGAUGAUUACUGUGUGUGGUACAACCUGCAGAAAACCAGGUAUGAAGCAAUCAGGAGUGACUCCCACGGAGAGCGCCCAGUGUGUGAAUGUCAGGCUCACUUGCUUUGGAACCGGCCUCGGUUUGGAGAGCUCAAUGACCAGAACAGGACGGACCAGUAUGUCCAGGCUUUAAAGACGGUGGUGAAAACAGACAGUGUUUGUCUCUGCAUCAGUGAUGGCAGCCUGCUUCCCGUCCUGGCUCACUGUCUAGGAGCAGAACAGGUAUUUACAAUAGAGAACUCAGCGGUAUCUCAUCGACUCAUGAAAAAAAUUUUUAAAGCCAACCAUUUGGAGGAAAAAAUUAGUGUAAUAGAGAAACGUCCUGAAUUGCUAAUCCCUGCUGAUUUGGAGAAUAAAAAAGUCUCAGUUCUUCUGGCAGAACCGUUUUUCACCACAAGCCUAUUGCCAUGGCACAACCUCUAUUUCUGGUACGCCAGGACAGCUGUGGCACAGCACCUGACCCCGGAUGUCACGGUUUUCCCACAGUCCGCCUCCCUCCACAUGGUGGUCGUGGAAUUCAAGGACCUGUGGAGGAUUCGUAGCCCAUGUGGAAACUGCGAAGGCUUUGAUGUUCACAUUAUGGACGACAUGAUUAAGCAGAACUCUCUGGACUUCAGGGAAGCACAGGAAGCUGAACCUCACCCGCUCUGGGAAUACCCCUGCCGAAGCCUCUCGGAACCCCAGGAGGUGAUGACCUUUGAUUUCAGGCAGCCUGUACCUCAGCAGAUGCUUCACAUGGCAGGCUCCGUAACGCUGUUAAAGCCUGGGAAGAGCCAUGGUGCAGUUCUGUGGAUGGAGUACCAGCUGACAGCUGAUAUCUCAGUCAGCACGGGUCUUCUGCGGGCUUCAAAUGAAAAGGGUGAGUGUCUCUGGAACACCCACUGCAAACAGGCGGUUUACUUCUUCAGCUCCUUUUCUGAACCUGGGCCUGGGGUGGACUCUCAUGCUGUCACCUACUCUCUCCAGUUUCAUCCCAGCUCUGGUGAUAUUGUCAUGGAUUUCAGGCUCUUACCCUGAUAAAAUCCCUCUCACUUUUAAGUUAGGAAAUAAAUAGAGAAUGGUUGUCA